AUAUGACAUAAAAAUUCUUAAAAAAAAAAAAAUCCCCAGAAAAGUUACAUUAUCAUUAUAAUGAUGGGGAGAAACUGCUCACUUAACAGUUGUUGUCAUCAGCAACCUUCACCAGAAAGGCAAGCAACACAGAGUAACCGCUAAAGAAGCUGCAGAGGGAUUUAUUCAGUGAUAUUAAUGGGAAGUUAAGUGGAGGGAAAAAAUGUUUAAAAAGAAGGAAAAGCUGCAAAGACACAACGCAAAAGGAGCCCAAACCAACCAUCAACGGCAUAAUUACGUCCCUGGCAGACAUGGAGCUCAGCAUUAAAGAUAAAAGGUCAAAAUAUCAGUGACAUUUUUAUUUUCCGAGAACAAUUAUGCCACAAUCAUCACAAUUAACAGAAAUAAACGUUAGAAAUAUAUGACUGCGUGUGUUAUUGACUUGGACUAAAGCAACUUUCUGAUAACAUUUGGUUUUAUUUGAGGAAUAUUUGGUCAAAUAAAGUUUGUACCGACUCCAUUCUAUUGUAAAACACAUACAAAGUAUAUUUUCUUCUUCUUAUUAUUAUUAUUAUUAAAAGCGUAGCGACAAUCUCCAAACAGAACCGAGCCCUGGACAGCGGUAGAUGGGCCCGUUUUCAUCCGACUGACCCCGCCUCUGGUAAAUGCAGGGGCGCUCCAUGUGACGCUGGGGCUGUAACAAAAAUCCAGUAUGGCGGAAUCUGUCAGGAGAUGAAUUUUCUUUCCCAGUCCGCGCCCCCCCCCCGUCGGAGUCUCUAACAUGGGAGAGAAAUAAAAGGCAAACCGAGCGGGACACACGUCGGGACGCCUGGCCCUCCGCCUGGCCAGUGUUAGGUGAGCCGGUUUGUGCGCCUUGCGGAUGAAUGUGUGGCGGAGCAGCGCCGCUUUCAUGUUGGUGCUCCGCCAGGGAUGCGAUCCACACACAGGGAUUCAUCAAAACAAUGUCCGGCUCAAGUUUCCACACCGCUCCGCUUCGCUUUCGUUUUCCACGGCUACAUUUCAACGGCCGUCCGUGGGUCUGAGUCGUGUUUCAAGGCGGUUGAUGCCGAUGCUAGACAGCGCGCUGCCUCUUUAAGUGCAGUAGCCACAUCAUUAGGCUAAUGGAGAUUGGCUGCUGCCGCUGCUGGACGCCUGCUUCCAGUUUCCUGUUCGACCGUCCGGAGCGUUGGAUCAGCCCGAGCUUGCAUUUAAGCGGACACUCCCAGACGCCCUUAGUUUUGGCAGGAUAACGGCCUCCCAGUGAAUAAUACUUGCAUUACAUACACACACACACACACACACGCACGUUCACAUCUGUUCUGCAGCACACAAACACACACACACAUAAACACAACGAGCCGGCUGCUCGAUUCGGUGAACUGUGUGGGAACCAACCUGACAGAGAUGACAUCAAACAGCCACCAAGAGGGAAUCCUGGGGAAGGAGCAGUCGCUCGAGGUCCUCAAGACGUCGGUGCUCAACCACAUCCCAACAGUGGACAUUAACUCUGCGCUGCCCCUGCGUCUGCCCCCUGCUGCCAUCCCCAUGGACCUGCGUGUGGAUCACCACCACCAGCAGCAGCAGGUGUCGUCGCUCUCCCCGACGGGCCAGCUCUCGCCCAGCUCCCUGGGAGGAUCUGGUGGUGGCGGCGGCGGUGGUGGCGGCGGCGGCGGUGUGGUGGCGUCCUCGGUGCGCGAGCAGCAGCUGCAGCAGGAGCUGCUGGCCCUGAAGCAGAAGCAGCAGAUCCAGAGGCAGAUCCUGAUCGCUGAGUUCCAGCGGCAGCACGAGCAGCUGUCCCGCCAGCAUGAGGCSCAGCUCCAGGAGCACAUUAAGCAGCAACAGGAGCUGCUGGCCCUGAAGCACCAGCAGGAGCUGCUGGAGCACCAGAGGAAGAUGGAGAACCACCGGCUGGAGCAGGAGCUGGAGAAGCAACAGAGGGAGCAGAAGCUGCAGCUGCUGAAGAACAAGGAGCGGGGCCAGGAGAGUGCCGUGGCCAGCACCGAGGUGAAGAUGCGUCUGCAGGAGUUUGUCCUGAACAAAAAGAAAGCGCUGGCCCAGCGGAGCCUCAACCAGGGUGGCCUCCCCAACGACGCCCCCUACUGGUACCGAAAAACCCAGCAUAGCUCUCUGGACCAGAGCUCGCCUCCACAAACCGCAGUGUCCACCUACAAUCACCCGGUGCUCGGCGUCUACAACCCUCGGGACGACUUCCCGCUGCGAAAGACAGCCUCGGAGCCCAACCUGAAGCUGCGUUCCCGGCUGAAGCAGAAAGUGAGCGAGCGGCGCAGCAGCCCGCUGCUCCGCCGCAGAGACAGCCCCAUCACUACGGCCAAGAAGCGUUCCCUCGACAUGGCGGACUCGGCGUGCAGCAGCGCCCCCGGCUCCGGCCCCAGCUCGCCGAACAACAGUUCCAACAACAUCCCCAAUGAGAACGGCAUCACUGUGUCCAUCUCCAACAACAUGGAGGCAUCUCUGGCCCAGCGGCUGUGCRGCGGCGAUCAGGGCUCCAUCAACCAGCUGUCCCUCUACACCUCGCCGUCCCUCCCCAACAUCACCCUGGGGCUGCCCGCCACUGCYACCGCCACCGCCGCCUCCAACGUGACUUCCGCUCAGCAGGACGCAGGCCUGCAGCCGGCCCUCUCCCUCAGCCCUCCCUUCCUGUCCGGCGGCCAUUUGAGCCCCUACCUCGCAGAUGGCGGGUCCGGUGGCCACGGCGCCCACAGCCCCCACAGCCCCCACAGCCCGCUGCUGCAGCACAUGGUUCUGAUGGACCAGAGUCCCGCUCAGAGCCCGCUGGUGACAGGCGUCAGCGGCAUGUCCAUGUCGUCGGCCUCCAUGGCCAAGCUGCAGCGGCAGCACCGGCCCCUGGGGCGGACCCAGUCGGCGCCGCUGCCCCAGGGGAGCGCCGCCCAGGCCCACGCUCAGGCCCUGGCCCUGCAGCAGCUGGUGGUGCAGCAGCAGCACCAGCAGUUCCUGGAGAARCACAAGCAGCAGUUCCAGCAGCAGCAGCUCCACCUCAACAAGAUGAUGGGGAAGCCUGGCGAGUCGCCCGUGGGGCGGCAGCACCAGAGCCACCCAGAGGAGACGGAGGAGGAGCUGAGGGAGCACCAGGACGCCGGGGCCCUACCGCCGGGGGUCACUAUCAAGCAGGAGCCGCCGGACCCGCAGGAGCUGCAGGAGCUGCAGGAGCUGCAGGAGGAGGCGCUGCAGCAGCACCGCGAGCGCGAGCAGGAGCUGCUCUUCAGACAGCAGGCUUUGCUGUUGGAGCAGCAGCGGAUCCACCAGCUGAGGAACUACCAGGCGUCCAUGGAGGCCGCCGGCAUGACCAUGUCCUUCCCCGGACACAGACCCCUGUCCAGGGCGCAGUCAUCUCCGGCCUCGGCGUCGUCCUUCCCCAUCAGCGUCCCCACACAGGAUCCUCCCGCCAAGCCUCGCUUCACCACAGGCCUGGUGUACGACUCCCUGAUGCAGAAGCACCAGUGCAUGUGCGGAAACACCAACAGCCAUCCGGAGCAUGCCGGGCGCAUCCAGAGCAUCUGGUCCCGGCUGCAGGAGACCGGACUCCGAGCUCAGUGCGAGUGUAUCCGUGGGAGGAAGGCCACUCUGGAGGAGCUGCAGACGGUCCACUCCGAAGCCCACGUCCUGCUGUACGGGACCAACCCACUCCGGCAGAAACUCGACUGUUCCAUAACGCCCAUGUUCGUUCGGCUGCCGUGCGGAGGAGUGGGGGUGGACAGCGACACCAUCUGGAACGAGGUCCACUCGUCCAGUGCGGCGCGACUCGCCGUCGGCUCCGUCGUGGAGCUGGUCCUCAAAGUGGCAACCGGAGAGCUAAAGAACGGUUUUGCGGUGGUCCGCCCUCCUGGACACCACGCCGAGGAAAGCACCCCCAUGGGCUUCUGCUACUUCAACUCGGUGGCCAUUGCAGCCAAACUGCUGCAGCAGAGACUCAGCGUCAGCAAGAUCCUCAUUGUGGACUGGGAUGUUCACCAUGGCAACGGCACCCAGCAGGCCUUCUACGAUGACCCUAAUGUCCUCUACGUGUCUAUCCAUCGCUACGACGAUGGCAACUUUUUUCCAGGAAGUGGAGCGCCCGACGAGGUGGGGAGCGGUCCAGGAGUGGGCUUUAACGUCAACGUGGCCUUCACCGGGGGCCUGGACCCCCCCAUGGGAGACGCAGAGUACCUGGCUGCCUUCAGGUCUGUGGUGAUGCCGAUAGCCGACGAGUUCGCUCCGGACAUCGUGCUGGUCUCCUCCGGCUUUGACGCCGUGGAGGGACACCCCCCACCGCUGGGCGGCUACACCCUGACCUCCAAAUGUUUUGGGUAUCUGACCAGACAGCUGAUGACCCUCGCUGGAGGCCGGGUGGUCCUGGCGUUGGAGGGAGGUCACGACCUCACCGCCAUCUGUGACGCCUCUGAGGCCUGCGUGGCUGCCCUGCUCGGACAGGAGCUGGAUCCGCUUCCAAAGGCUGUCCUGGAGCAGAGGCCCAACCCCAACGCCGUGCGCUCUCUGGAGAAAGUCAUAGAGACUCACAGUAAGUACUGGUGCUCGGUGCAUCGCUACUCGUCACGGCUGGGGCUCUCUCUGCUGGAGGCCAAGCGAGGCGACUCGGAGGAGGCUGAGGCCGUCAGCGCCAUGGCGUCUCUGUCCGUCGCCAACACCAACACCAUGGAUCAAAGCAGGGCGGAGGAGGAGCCCAUGGAGGAGGAGGCUCCGCUGUAACCGAGGCAGGCGUCAGGGCGUUGCAGUGUUGCCAUUGACCUCUCCGGAGAAGAGCCUCGGCUGACCCCUUCAUUUAGUCGCCCCUGACCCCACUCACCACGUCAGUCACCUUGACUGGCGAUCCCUCGGUCUAAAACGAGGGAGGGGGAAGGGGGCGGGCUCAGCCUCAGUGUAGGGAGCCAAUCAGAAGACGGAGGACUGAACUGAAAUGGGAGGAAAAAAAAUAAAAUAACAAAACUUAACGGCGUUGCUUAGCAGCACUCGUUUAGAGACACUCAUUGUUUUUUCUGUCAGUCUUCGCACCUUGGUGUCGGCCCACAGUGGCCGACUGUGCGAUCACGGCAGGGGGCGGGGGGGUCGAGGUCAGAUCUUAUUGCAGAAAGGAAAGGCGUGCCGUCACACUCGGUGCUUUGCGCAGCUGCCCUCUCUGACCGCAUUCAGUCGAGAAAGCAGGGACAGCGGACGAUCCCGACCGUCCUGGAGCAGCUCGGGAGGGAUUUGGGGUGGGAGGGUUGCGGGGUUAGUAGGGUGUUUGUUUCUCUUCUCUUAACUUCGUUCCCCACUAAACAAGGGGAACGCCGCGGCAUCUGGGAGGACUUCUUUUUUUUUUUAUCGUGCCGCGCUCACUGUGGAUUCGCCGUCGUUCGAGGAAGGCUUUUGCAAAAGAUUUUGACGGCUGAGACGGUCGCCUCGCCGGAGCAGCCUGCCGUCAAAGRUUGACGAGUGAGAGGAGUGCCUUGGAGAGGUGGGGGGUGGAGGGGGUCCGCCAGUUUUCAGGAUUGUUCAGGAAAAAGAUUGCCUUAAGUUUAACCAUUUCUCCCACCGAGGAAUUGGUGCGAGGAAGGAGACGGGGGGAAUGAGGCGGGGAACGACGAAAAAAAAAGCUAACAAUCUUUCAGCAUGUUUACUAGAAAGUGACUGAGACGGCAUUUAUGUCUCCAACGGCCUCUCUUGAAGAGUUACUUUACUUUUUUGAUGGAUCUAUUUUUCUGUAAAAAAGUUUAAAAAAGAGAGAGAGAGAGAGAGAAAGAAACCGGUUUGUAAAAAGGUAGUUGCCAGCUUCUUUAGACAACGGUGCAAACACAGAGAAAAGGAAUCGGAUCGCAAACUCUCACAGCAGUUUAGCCUUUGAUGUAGCCUCCCUUUAAGAGUCAGCGCUUUUUGCAGAACAAUUUGCAGAGCAUGCAUUUUAAGCAGAUUUUAACGAAUGUUGCCCAAAAGAGAAAGGCGAGCAAGAAAAAAGGAAGAAAAAAAAAAAGCCAAAGCAUGAGUUUGCAUUUUUACCGUUCUCUUAUCUGGAAAGGGCGAGUCGACAUGCAACAUUUCACGUAUUGGCCCUUUAACCCUCUAUGGUAUGCAUUAUGAUGCCAGUUAGGGGACAAAAAAAUUGUCUGGAGUUUUGUUUUGUUUUUUUAAUUAGUCUUAAAUUACACAAGCAAAUUGUAUCAGUUCGCGAUUAAAUGAACACCAUCAUAAAUUUGGUUGCAUUCUUACAAUUAAUAAAGAUAAUUUCAAUGUUUGUAACCACAAAACAAUGAACAAAAGCAAUAGAAAACUUUUUCAGUUCUUUCUUUGUAUGUUUUUUUUUUACAUUUGGUGCUCCACCCCACUUCUUUAGCCACCCUGGGCAUCUGCCCACACGGCAAAAAAAAAAAAAAAAAAAAGUUAAUAUGAAAAAUUCCCCCCAAAUCAAGUUUGAAAUACGCUUUUCCUGAAGUUAUUUGACCAAUCAAAGCACUCUUAUUGGUUCCUUAUGGUCUUUUGUCUGUUUUUAAAGUAUUGCAUCAUGUAAAGCGGUGCCUUUCGGAGCUCUGGCAGGCCAACAUGGUACCAUAGAGGGGGGUGGCAAAGCUCCCAAUACCCGGUCCAACGUUUACUGAUUUAAUCCGCCUCGGAUCAGGUGAGCGUUUCUUCUUAACGCGUGCUGAUCGAAAGGUUGGCAACUACCUUAAUGUGAGCUUCACACCAGUCGUGUAUAUUUAACUGAAUAUAUUUUGACCGUAAUCCAAGUAUUGUCGGUUUUGUAUCUACGUGUUUGAGUUUCCGCAUCGAUGUCGUCGAUUUUAUGAUAUCAGAAACAUGUUCGGUUCAGCGAGUCCACUUUUCUUUUCUUUUUUUUUAUCGUGCAAGAUUAUUUUUCUAACAUCUUGUUUUUUUCAUGCAUAGGUUUCGUCAUGUUUUGUUUUCCUCCAUUUUGUUUUUUUUUCUGGAUAGAUAUAGGGCUGCGUUCAUGUACUUUCAGUGCUGUUGUCGUUUAUUCUUUCUUGUAUUUAUGGAAAACGAGGAGCAACACUUCCUUUCUUCCUUCCUUUCUUUCUUUCUUUCUUUCUACGGCUCCCGAAGCCUUUUUCAGCAUUUUCAUCAACUAUGUAUUUAUAACAUGUACUGUUUAUAGGAGAUUUGUAUAUGGAAACUUUAUAAAUGUACUCUUACCUUAUGACAGCUAUGAUAUUGUGAGCAAAAAAAACCUAGUACGGUGUACAAACAGCGUAUUGAACUCGUCAUCGACUGCACUGUUUUUCAAGCGGCCCUCUGGCCGAAUCGCAGCACGGCACCGCAGUCGACUUUGAUGCGUUUCAUCACUUCGUUGCCUCAUCAGUUCAUCCUCCUCCCGCKCAUGGGACGAUGUUCACCAGACGUUUCGAGGCCGUUUUCACGUAGCUCCCUGCGGCUCAAAACGGCGAAGAAGGAGAAACCGACUUGCCGCAGCUUUAACCGGACGUUUACGUACACUGGAUUGAAAAAAAAAAAAGAAAGGAAACGUUGCCGGGUUUUUUUUCUCACCAUUGGGCAUUAAAUCAGACUAAUUGUUCUGUUUUAAAUUUCUUAUAUUUGCUGAAUGCCGGAAUAACAACACUGAUUUUUAUUAGCUUGAAUUUUGAAAUGAACAAAAAUGUCCUGAUAUUUAGUGGACCUGUUGAGGUCGCUCGAGGAUUUUUGAGAUGUUCCCUCCAAUUACAUCCAAAGCUUGAACCCGACUCGUGUCCAAGCGUUUCAAUUUUGAGAAAAUUAAACAAAAUAUUUGAUUAUUUCUGGCAUUUAGCUUGUUAUUUAAAAAUCCUAACCUAAAACAAGAAAAGUUUAGGCUGAUUUAAUGUCAAACGAUGAGGGGAAAAUGGGUUUUUCUACAGUUCAAACAAAUGUGGUUUCAGCUGUAAUUUAAAGACGCCCAUCAUGUUUAAGCUGAUAUCAUUUUAUAAACCUGUAAGAUUAGAAGUUGAUUUGAUGUUUUUCCAGCCUAACGAUACAUUCCACUUGUUAUCUGUUUAAUUUGGCUUCUCUCAAGUAUUUUUUAUUUUAUUUUUAUUUUUUGUAGAAACCUAAGUAAGGUUUUUGUUUUUCAUUGUUGUUUUUUGCUGUCUGCUCGCACCAACUUUAACUCUUUUGCAUGGUUUGAGUCAGCAUGCCUGCUUGUCUAUGUAAAGGAAAAAAAAAGAAAAAAAAAAGAAAAUUGUAUUUGCACAA